AUGCCGCGUUAUUGCUCGGUUUAUGGUUGUCACAACUCCUUUGACAAAGACGGAAUGUAUUCACACUGGUAAGGAAAUAUUAUUUUGUGCUUAUAUAUCAUUCGAGAGGUUUUUUCAGCAAAUGACAAUGUAAAGCAAACGGUAUUUCAUGUUUUCUCCACGUGCAUGUGUACACCAGCUUUCCUCUACUAUAAUGGUCAUAAUGCUGUGCUGAGGGGUUAUAUUACUACCUUAAAAAAUAAGCAGAAACUCGACGUUUCGAUCGAAGGCCCUUCGUCAAGAGCCUUCGAAGGGCCUUCGCUCGAAACGUCGAGUUUCUGCUUAUUUGUUAAGGUAGUAAUAUAACCACUCAGCACAGCAUUUUCACAUUGGUACUACCCACACUGGUACAUACAGUUUUAGUAUAUAUUCCUCUACUAUAGCUUCUUUUCUGAUGUUUUUGCAUGCAGUUUGUUUCAUUCAAAUAUUAUAUUUCCAUUGUUCCUUGUGAUGUUCUCGUGUUCGUUUUUCCUACCUACUGUACGGUGUAUUUUACGGGCCUGUUUGUAUUUAUGAAAGCAUAUUGUUAUUGAAUUUUUUCCUUCACAUAUUUAAGCAUUCCUGAUGCAAAGAAGCAUCCAGAAUUGUACAGCAUAUGGGUUGAGUAUAUGAAUAAACAUGCGCCAGUGAAGUCUGUUCCUGCGAAAAGUAGUCGUUUGUGUUCAGAGCACUUUAGUGCUGAUAUGUAUGAGAUAAAGGGUAAAAGCCAGAAAUUAGUAUUGAGACCAGAUGCAAAACCAACAAUAGUUACAAAAAAGUUUGCUCAGGUCAGUGGUUUGAUUUUAAAGUAUUAUACAAUUUAACUUGUUGUUUUACUGUUCUUACCUGUUGUAACAGUGGCACUGUACAUGAUUUACAUUCUUUGGUAAGGGACAAGUCAUUGUUAAUGCCGGGUAGGGGGCCGGAGGAAAUUUGUAUGAAUAGCAAAAAAUUUUCAUGACCCCUUAUUUUUCUAACAAAAUAUUUUAUCCCCCCCUUAUUGAGGCAACAUAUUUCAUAGCCCCCUCCCUCCACCCCAAUUCUGAAUUCAAUGACUCUAAGUCAGUUUCAUAACCAUUUUUCCUGCACUUAUGCAUACUCAGUUUACUUGCAGCUGUAAUGCAUCAGUCAAUUCUAUCAUUACCCAUCCCCCCGGGCAUUUGCAAUUUAAGUUGACAAUUCCUGGGGGUCGGGAAGGAAAAGCGUAGCAAUGCCCCACCCCCAGACAAAAAAAGAUGACAAAUGCCCGGCCCCAGGGCACACUGACUCAUUUAUAGAAUGUAUUUUAGACCUCAAAACUUCCAUAUAAACAGUAUUAGCUUCCUUGUAUAAAAGCUAUAGCAGUCAUCCCAACUUUUGAACAUGAAAAUUGUAAAUAUUGAAAAUGAUAGCCAAGUAGAUAAUUCAGACUUUUAAUACCUGAAAAGUUGUUGGCCCUCAAACAAAAAACCCACACAUCAGACCUACUUUUACUAGUUGAAAAAAUACAUUUGUGUCUGGUGGAAGCAUUAUAUUGAAGAGAUGGCAGAAGAGACUGUCAACAACAUGCAUAAACAGAACAUGCCAAAGAGUCGACGAUGCACUGUGUUAAAAAGUGGAAAACAGGACAACAACUGUCAACUGAAUCUUGCAUUUGCAAAUGCAGUGCAUGACCCUUUUGACAUAUUCUAUGGUGAUGAUGAGGAUGACAAUUUCCAUAUACAGUGCCUAGAACACAACUUUUAGGUUCAAUAUAUUGGGCAUUAUCAGGGGCGGAUAAGCAACAUCUGUGUUACCAUAGUUAAUUGAGGAGAUGGUUUGGAAACUCGUUAGCAUUACAAUAAAAUCACAAUAAACCUCAUUAUCUAUCUUGUUCAGGCAGUAUGCAAAAAUGUGGUCUUUCAUCGUCACGUGCGUAUUGUAUUUUUCUCAAGUCAACCAAUACGAAUGUUCAAAAUGUCCUAUUGUUAAAGUCAUGGAUGGGCAAUUGGACAAAACCGCUGCUAUUCGUUAGUUGAGCAAAAAUACAAUACGCAUGUGACGAUGAAAGACUACAUUUUUGCAUAAACCUGAACAAAAACAUAGAUAGUGAGGUUUAUUGUAAUGCUAAUGAGUUUCCAAACCAUCUCCUCCAUUAACUAUGGUGUUACCGGGCUCCCGGUGAUGUCAUGACCAAGCGGAAUAUCAGCGUGUGACUUGAAUUAUAAUUAAGUUAAAGAAAAAUUAUAUUUCUAUGUUAUAUAAAGAUAAUCCUUACCAAAUAUUAGAUUUCAUAUUAUCAUACUGUAUAUAUAGCUUGCAAUUUAUGCUUCACCGCAAUAAAAGUCUUCCCUUGGCAUGUUUUUAAUAUAUGUUUGAGUAAAGGCCCGGUCACACUACACAACGAUAACGAUACGAUAAAUUGUAAACACGCGAUAAUUGGAAAAAAAACUGUGUUAGUGUCCACACAACAACGAAAAUGAUAAAAUUAUCGUUAGACGAUAACGAUAACGAUUUUAAAAUCGCUCACCUGAGCGAUUUUUUUUUCAGUCGGACGAUAACGAUAAAUUUUUGACCAAUCAGCGCGCGUAUACAAGUUAUCGUAUCGUUAUCGUUGUGUAGUGUGACCUGGGCUUAAAAGUUAAUUUAAAUUAUUGAAAUACAAAUUUCAUACGAUCGACUGGCAUUAUUCAUAUAAUUAUGUAAUCGUUAUAUUGCCAUGGUUUUCUGCCUGCCUGCCUGUGAGCGGGCGUUCAAGCUAUUUCCAGGCUCUUUGAUAAAAAUUCGAGACCAAGGAUAAGCUUCUUAUCCAUCGAACUAAAAUCUAUUUUAGUACAAAACUAGGGGCCCAUUUUUUGUACAAAAAUGGGGGCUCACUGGACAAUCGCCCGGUAGCCCGCUGGGCUAAUCCGCCCCUGGGCAUUACUGUUCAAUGUAUGCAUACUGUAUAUAUACAUUACUCUUUUGAUAUUGCAUGUUACAAACUAUUCCAUACAUUUUAUUUUUUGCCCCCCCCUCCCCUUUACAUGUAUGUUCAAAAUAUUUUCUGCCCCCCCCCCCCUUUCAAUGGUCAAAAUUUUUUUGUGGCCCCUCUAAAUUUCCUCCGGCCCCCUACCCGGCAUUAAUGACUGGUCCCUAAGGCAGCUUUUUGAGGGUAUUUUAUAUAGAGUUGUUUAGGAGAAGGGUUAUUUGUUUAUUAAUUAAAAUGAUGUGAUCAAUGUUUAUAAAUAAAUGCUGCAUAUAAAUUUGUUAAUUUUAAAAAGAACAGAAUUAAAUGCAACAAAUAACUUAACAUAUAAAUAUUGUCAUCGAUGAGAGCAAGCAAUUAAAGUUAAUAGCAGAUUAAAAUAUUAUACAUAAAUUAAUACGGUGCUUUUAUUAUAAUUGACAUUUACUCAGUAGAUGUUAAACUAGUUUCAUAUUAAUCUGACACUGCAAUCGAGCAACGAAAAAUUCCUUGGCUCGAGCGGGAUUUGAACUCGCAUCUUCCGAUCUUCGGGUAUCUAGACCGCUCAAUAGGUAGAGCGGCGGUCUAGAUACCCGAAGAUGCAAGUUCAAAUCCCCCUCGAUUCAAAGAUAUUUUCGUUGCUCGAUUGCAGUGUCAGAUUAAUAUGAAACUAGUUUUUCGUACUCUGAGGAUGGUUCUGAAACAGUAGAUGUUAAAUUUUUGCAUAACCUAAAUCAUCUCAGAAUGCAGACUCUUUUUAAAGAGUUUUAAAAAUUUAAAAAAAAAUCUUUUUAAAAAUGUUUUAAAAAAAUCUCAAUUUAAAAAAAAAUCUCCUCUUAAAUUGAAUUAAAGUAUGGUAGCAGUAAGACUGGAAGUUUAUCCAAGCUAAACAAAGCUGUUUUACAUUCAACAAUGGGAGGGAUUAUUAUUAAUACAGGGGACUGUAUUUGAGAAAUGACAAAUUAGAGAAUACAUUGGUAGUUUUUAUUAUUACAUUAAUUGUUCAUGUUUAAUAAGAUGCAAGUUUUGUUGAAUUGAUACAUGAGAAGACUGGCAAAAAAACCCAGAAAUAUGAAAUUACCUUUUGAGUGAAUGAAAAUAUUAUGGAGGCCAAACCCUAAAUUUGCAUUAAUAUAUUAAAAUAAGUUAUGGAUCAAAAUAUAAUUUAUAUAUAAACUUGCAAUUUUUAUCUAUGGAAAACAAAAUGAUAAUGUAAGAUUAUUGAUACAACCAGGUACCAAUUGCAAGGUUGCCCAUUGAGAAAGCGGACGCUGUUACUGACACUGAAAUGCUGAAAGGAGCGUCUCAAACUAAAGAGUGUGUGCAAGUCAUUGAAGACAUGAGUGUAGGUGUUGUAAGUAUUGCCGGUAAAAAGAGAAAACAAUCUGAAGAGAUUGUAAUUGAUGAUGAAAGCGGCAUUGAGGUAAGCACACCAAAAAAAAGAGCAUGUAGGGACAGUGUCAUAAGUGUACAACAUGAUCAUACAUAUUAUGUUAGUUCUCCCUGUAGAUUGAAAGAAAAAGUAGUUAAUUUGCUAGACCAAGUAAAUAAUCUGAAUAGGAAAUUGUGCACAUCGCAGAAGAAAACGCGUAGGCUUAAGAAAAAGGUAAACUCCUUGACAUCAGUGGUAAGUGAACUGAAGAAAGAGAAACUUGUUAGUAGUGAUUGUGCUAGUAUCCUGGAGACAACUUUUUCUGGGGUUCCUAAGGAACUUAUGAAAAGGUUGGUGACGCAAAAGAAAAAGAAAAAUGCUGGUGCGUAUCCAAAGGAAUUACGAACAUUUGCUAUGACCCUAAAGUUUUACUCUGCAAAAGCAUAUAAGUAUGUAAGAAAAUGUUUUGAUUUAGGUUUACCACAUCCGUCUGUGAUCAGUAGUUGGUACAACGUUAUGGAUGGUGAACCUGGUUUUACCAAAGAAGCAUUAACAGCCUUGAAAGCCAAAGUUCUUGCUGGGAAACGAGAUGGCCAGGAAGUCCUUUGCGCGCUGAUGUUGGAUGAGAUGUCCAUACGCAAGCAUGUACAGUGGGAUGGCAAGAAGUACCGUGGGUUUGUCGAUCUUGGCACUGGCAUUGACGACGACUCACUGCCAGAAGCCACCGAAGCUCUUGUCUUCAUGGCAGUCUCCGUGAAUUCCAACUGGAAAGUACCAUGUGGUUAUUUUCUGGUGAAAGGUCUCACAGGAGAAGAGAAAGCGAACCUUACGAAAGAUUGCCUCACGAAGCUGCACGAAGUGGGAGUGAAGGUGGUCUCGUUCACGUGCGACGGACCAACGACUCACCAAGCGAUGUUGAAAUUGCUUGGAGCUCGACUGUCUACUGAUAAUAUGCAGGCUUACUUUCCACAUCCAUGUGAUAAAAAUCAAAAGAUUUAUAUUUUUUUAGAUGCUUGUCACAUGAUCAAGUUGGUACGUAAUACUUGGUCAGACUGGAAAGUCUUGAAAGAUAAGGAUGGAAAAACCAUUGAAUGGAAGUUUGUGGAGGAAUUGCACAAGCUACAAGAAACCGAAGGUUUACGCUUAGCAAAUAAACUGCGAUGCGCGCAUGUAGACUGGAAACCUCAAAAAAUGAAGGUAAACUUGGCAGCGCAGACUUUAAGUUCAAGCGUUGCAGACGCUCUAGAGUACUGCGAAGGUAAGCUGCAUGAAAUGCCACAGUUUAAAGGCUGUGGUCCAACGGUAAAGUUUAUUCGUAUAUUUGAUCGUCUUUUCGAUGUUCUAAAUUCUAGAAAUCCUAAGGCGAACAGUUUCAAGGCACCGAUCAGAAAGACGAACUAUCAGUUCGUGAAGAAGUUCUUAGAUGAUGCCUGUAAGUAUAUCAAGGGUCUGAAGGGGCCUGGGGGUCAAUUGAUCCUUAAUUCAAAACGCAAAACAGGUUUUCUAGGUUUUCUCGUGUGUGUUGAGGCAGUUCAUGGAUUAGCGAAAGAUCUUGUGUGCGGAGAGAACCCGAUGAUAAAGUAUAUUCUUACGUACAAGAUGAGUCAGGAUCACUUGGAGUUGUUCUUUGGCGCUGUGCGAGCGUCUGGAGGAUGGAACAACAAUCCUACGGCGAUACAGUUCAGGGCUGCGUACAAGCAACUGUUGAUGAGACACAACAUUACAGGAGGAAAAGGAAACUGCGUUCCUCAAGACGACACAGAGAUGCUGAGCAAUGUUGAAGAUCAGAGUAAUAGAAAAUCUUCAACUGUGGAAAUCGACGAUGUGACGAUCGCGAGAAGAUACGACUUGGCUUUACGACCAGAGCCAGGUGCAAAUGAUCAUGAUUACUGCGAUGUUCCAAACGUUAUGGAAUUAUCCGAGUUCAAGUCGUCAGCAAUAUCGUAUAUUGCUGGUUACGUUGUGAGGAUGGUAGAGAGAAAAAUGCACUGUUUUACCUGCCUGGCAGCGUUGACAACGACGAAAGAGAAGGUUCCUGACCUUUUCGUAGUUUGGAAAUCGAAUGGCGGUCUGAAGUUGCCCUCCCCGGGGCUGCUGAAGAUCUGUGAAGAGACGGAGAAAUGUGUGAUGAGAAUGUUGAACGUGAACCAAGGUGGACUACCACAUGGCACGGGACUACCAGACGCAAUUGCCACAACGGUAUUGCAAUACUGUGUAGAACGCGGAGUGUUCAGUUCGUUGAAGCAACAUAUGUUUGAAACGACUCCUGUAAACAAUCACGUGUUCAGCUUGAUCAAAUGCUGUUGCAAGUGUUAUGUGACAAUUCGUAUGCAUCAUUUGGGUAAGCAGAGAAAUGCUAGAAUGCAUGAAAAGUUAGUACGCAAGGAGUAUUCGAAACUUACGUUGUUCAAAGGACAGUAAGUUUGCGAAGGUGGUCUGUUACUGCACAUUUUGCAUGUGUUCGAGGUCGUGACCGCGAGUUAAUGAUACUGCACAUAUCUUAUAUGUGUUCGAGGAUUAACGUAAAGUUCGCAAUGUGUCAAUGAUACUGCACGUUUUAUAAACGUGUUCGAGGGAUUGACACGACAAAUGACAAAAGUUGUUUAUUUUUACAUGAUGCUCCUAUCAUAAUGCAUGUUUAUAAAACACAAACUUAAUAUCAAUACAAAGUAAGUAUAUUUGACGAUUCAUUUAUUCCUGGUAAACGCUAUAUUAGAGUCUACUGCAUAGAUACCUUUUUCUUUUUUAGUAUUACAUCUGAAUGUAUCCGAUACAAGAAUUAGUUGCGUGUAUACCGUUAACACCUUUCUUAAUAUCACCAGUAUUAUGGCCAUCAGAAAGCAUACCAGUUCUUUAUUUUCAAAAAAAUUAAAAGAUUAAUUGUAAGUACAAGUUUUUAGGUGAUAAAAUCGUUUAUGGUUUGGGUGCAGUGUGGGCAGCGAAGUGGAAUACGGGAAAAUAGGUUAAAAUUGUUCCAACUGUCUGAAAAAUACAAGUUAAACCUCAAAAAGGCUUUACCUGUAUUUUUCAGGCAUUUGGAACAAUUUUAACCUAUUUUCAAGUUUUUAGUUAUAUAUCCGCCAAUGACAAUGUACACGUACUACCUGUCGGACGUCUUUUUAAUAUUAUGUUUGCUUUAUUCUAUUUAGGAGAAACGAUGCAAAAGGAACCCGGCAACCAACGAACAUUUUAGUAAACAAAGGAACACAUCCGUACUGGAUAGGCAUACCAGCAUCUCACACCCAGCAACAUGCACACCAGCAAAUAGAAACGUUCACAUGCCACAUGCUAUUACAUGGACCUAAAGUGAAUUUAAAACUUGUAUAAACACGCUAUUCACUUGAAAUGCUCUUGUAAAAGUUGCUCUAUCAAAAAAGUGAGAAAGCCGGUUAUUUCGUAGCGGUUUUCUGUUUUACCAGCUCUAACUCUUGUUUUGUGAUUUUUAGACAAUUGCGUGACAUCUCGUGUGUUACACGCGACGUAUGGGAAGGCGGGAAAAUUUAAUUUUGUGGUUUUCACUGUGGUAAGUUAUUUAUAAAUAGCGAAUUUCAACGUUUAAAAUUUAAGUUUUCACUAAAAAUUGCUGUCACAUUAUUCAUUUCACUUUUAACUUAAGUUCUAAAUAUUAAGUAAUAAUUAAUUCUUACUUUUUCGGGCAAACCACAGUUUGGUGGUAACAAAAAAACGAGUGUUUUCAAACAAAGUAAACUGAAAAUUAGAAGGAUAUAUGUUUUUAAAAAGUAAAUUAAUUUGGAAUUAUAUAUACAUUUACCAGUAGUUUAUCAAUCUAAUAGUAUUAGACACAGACCAAACACAAUUUCAACUUGCUUUUAGGACAAUUCAGAGGACGGAGAAUUUAAAGAACAGCAAUUAGUAAGUGAUGAUGGGAAUAUUUUUAAAAAUAAUGUUUCUGCAUGUGUCAAGUUUACGAAAAUGCACUCUUAUAAAAUAUGCCAAAAAUAUAGGGAUUAUAUAGCCAUGUUUUUUCUGAGGAAAUUUGUUAAUAGAUUAAAUACUUUUCUUUUCAGUGGCUAGCAAAGACAAAGUGAAUGGUAUGCUUUAUAUUCUUUCAUAAACUACUUCUUGCAAACUAAAUAAAUUUUCCAACAAGUUUUCCUGCAAAUUGCAUAUCAGUAUCAUAUAUCUUUUUAUUAAUUUUAGAUGAAAAAGAAAAUAGAAUGGGUGUGUAUAUACUGUUGUAAUUAUAUUAUUUAACUCUUUUCGCUUUAGUAGCAUAUUGCUCAUAAGAAUUUAAAUUAAAGUAAUCCUGGUUGUAUAAGUCUAAAAUUCUUAAUAGUCAUUUGGUGUCCGGCCAAGUGAUUUUGUGAGAUUUGAUUAAUUAUUAUUGAUGAAUUUAAAACGUAUUAAGAUAGAUUAGUUGUAACAUCAAACUUAAUCAAAAGUUUUCUAAAUAUAGAUACAGAAUCAAGUGAAUUAAAGGAAAAGGAUAAAGGUGGUCCUCCUUAUUUGUCAAAUAUUAUUUAGUGAGAAUUUUUAGUGGGAAAUGAUAAAUUAAAUUUCUUUAUUUUUAGAAGAUGUUUCUACACCAACAAAAAAUGAAGAAGGUAUAUAGUCAUUGCUUUUAAAGAGUUAUUUAUUUGAAAUGUGAUGCCUUUCAUUACAACAACAAAAAAUGAGAGAGCAAGCAGAAAUGUAAAUAGCAACCUUAACUUUGGAGGUAGCUGGUUUAUUCUUGUGAUAUUUGGAUUUAAUAAUGCAUUUUUCAAUAUCUGUUGCAGAUCCGCAAAAAAGCAGCAAGAAAAAGGGUACCGUAUAUGAUAAGUUUACAAAGCACACCUAGUUCUAUAACCAAUCCCAAACAUUCCUUAAAUUCAAAUAGAAAAUAAUAGAUAAUUUAUAUCAUACUUUAGGAAGGUGCAGGAAAUGUGGGAUGAAAGGGCACCACCAAAAUGAAUGUCAUGCAAGUAUGAAAAAUUUUAAAAAUAAUUAUGAUUAGACUCACUCAAUAUGCUGACAGUAUAAGGCAGCUGGCAUAAACACAAGCAAUGCAGUAUAAGUGCUUUAAAAAUAGUAUAGCUCAAGGUUCAUGCAAGUGUUUUAAUAAUUGCUUUAAACAUAAUGAAUAUAGUUUCUUAUCAAAAUGCUAAUUCUUGUAUUUAGGGAAAGCACCAUUUUUCACUUUACCAAUUACAAACUGUACGUGGUGCAUACAAAUUAAUAUUUAAUAUUAAAAUUUAUAGGAAUGGUAUGCUGGAUGUGUUAUAAGAGAGGGCACACAAAAAUUGUGUGCCCAAAUAGAGGAAAAACCCAGGCAGUUGUCCAGGAACAACACAAUUGGCACAAUUGCCAUGACAUUAAAUUCACAAAGUAACUUUAUGUAUGUUAUAAUGUUGUGUGAUUGUUGUGUGAGUGUUGUGUGUUAAUUUUAAUUCAUUUAUUAGUUAAGGCCAUUAAUAAAUAAUAUAUUCUUGGUUUGAAAAAUAUUUUAGGGGGGGGGGGGAAUGUCCCCACUACUGGUGCCACCACUGGAAAUAUCAGCUAAAUAGCCAGCAUAGCUUCAAUAAAAUAUAUUGAAGUAAAUAUGACUUUUAUUAAAAGCGAUAUUUAUGUGUGUUUCACUUGUAUAAUUUGGGACAACCCGAGAAUACCCUUAUGGAAUUAACAAAAUAAAACAUGUGUAUGAGACCAAGAAUACUUAUUGAUGGCCUGUAACAGUAAUAUUAAUAUUGUAUAUAUUUUUAAAUUAAACUGUUUAAAUGUUGAAUAAAUAUAAUUUGUAAUGAAAGUUAAUAAUGCACUUAAG